CUGGUUGCCUUCAUCGUCUAUUCAUCUAAAACUUCAACUAAAUUGGGUGGCCGCCCGACCCGGACAACUGGUUCUUAUUUACUUAGUAGUGCUUCCCGAAGGAGUUCUUAGAUCGGAUCAUCUCUUUAUGCGUACAGUGAUCGGAAGUAGUUCUAGUUCGUAGUACCGUAAAACAAGAACAAUGCAUAAGCAAGCAUUUUGUCAAAUCAUUCUUAUAGUUAUUUAAUGUUGCUGAGAGUCGUUUGUUUCAUGCUGUGUUUGUUAAUAUUGUUUGAUGUAGCAUUUUCACGUUAACUAAGUCGCAGGAUAAUAUAGGCGUGAUCACAGAAGCGUUCUUCCUCGUCGUGCUUCACUCCGUGAUCCUACCUGAAGCCCUUGCUUAAGGGGACGAAAGAACAAAAUGCAGGAGCAAGACGGGUCGACGUGCUCUCCUAAAUCAACAAGGAUGUUGGCGUCUCCGAUAUUACUGGAAAGAUCCUCACGGGCAUGGGCAAGCAGCCGUUCUCGGCGAGCGACGAACUGUUGCAUUGCUGGUGUACUAGCGCGCAGCAUAAUAAUGAUGCAACUAGUUGCCGGACGUCAACAAGGGAGCAGGCACUCUGAUUUUAGUUCUUCAUCAACAGAACUCAGUCCCGAUUCAUCGUUGUCCCCUUUCGAUGGAACUUCAUCAAACAACAAUGGCACCGCGUCUGCGAUGGAGGCUGCAUCCUCCAGUCCUUCCACUUUUGUGACUACACGACUUAUUGAGUUGGUGCUACAGGAGGAUCAGCGUGCUGAACAAACACUGACGCUUGCAACCGGCAGGGUCAGGGAGGGGUCAUCCGUCGCGAAUAACGAUACACAUCAAGAAGAUGUCGGCACCGCGUUUGGUCAAGAAUCAUGGUUUGGAUCUACACUUUCGGCUCCGCUCUCCAAAUUCCUUCAGUUCAAACCGAACUUGGGUUCGCGCGGUGCGCGAGCUUCUAAAAAAACAUUAUGCCAUCAAAAAACAUUUGUUUUCCUUAACCUUAUCCACGAGCAAGUGCUGUACCUCUGGGAUGCACCAUGCAUAAAAAUAACGCCACUAUGCAUAGAUUGAUUACUGUUGGAGCACCCGAACACGUCGCGGCGCACCUCGUAGCUCUUGCUGAGAGGCAAGGGCGCCGAUACCGAUGCAAUGGAACAGAAAGACGACCCACCAGGACGGACGUGCCGGAUGGUCUUCGACUGCUUAAGGCCCUGAAUUGGUACCAACAUGGGCCCAGUCUCAUGGGAUACCAUGAGGGGCCACGGGGUAGCUAUUGACCUGGAAGGAUCGCGCUGGUCAUUCAUGUGCGCGCGCAGUGGUAUAGUCAUUAGCUGCGCCGUUGGCUGCGCCAUAUCGUCUACGUCUUCACGAUGUGGCUGCGAGUGUGACUGAUGGAGCAGCAACGGCAAACGUCUAGGAUCAUGACUGAAGUAGGUGUAGUCUUUCGAAAAGUCAUCGAGUUCCAGGAACCACCAUACGCGGAACCAGUGAAAGAGCAAGACAAGGAACGACUUUGAUCAUGAUCAUGGUGACGAGAGCCCAGCUGUUGGCAUUCAAAUGAAUUCGGCCCAUCCAUAAGGUCUGGGCCCGGAGUAGGUCUAGACCAUUGGCCAACAAUUCCCCGCGCCAACUAUACAACUGAUCCACUAAGGUGGUAGAACUGGAAGUAGCGCGUGGGAGCCACUGCUUCGCUGCUUGCCAAGAAAUGCUUCUUCAUGAUGAAUUUUCAAUCGGCGCUCAUGCUUAACCUUCUCAAGAAUGCCAGCAUAUUGAUCAGUCCGCUUGAAGCGUAUCCGUAACCGUAUCGAUCAUACUUGGGAAUUAUUAUUUUGCAAACGUAGAAAUAGCACAUGCAUUGUGGUAGUACUGCUUCUGCUACAUGACAAAGAAUAAGAAUUAGAAUAUCAUCUAUUUUCUCUUGCUCUAAAAACUGCAGCAGAGGGUUGGCCCAAGGAGUUGGUGAUUACUGGGAUCGUCAUAUUGGUAAUCGUGGUGCUCGGGAUUGCGGCUUGCUGCGUGGCGUGCUUGAAUGGGGGUGGCCAGGACAACAGAAAGGGCAGCCGAGGCAAUUACGUUGAUCUGGAGUACGGCAGCGCAACGUCGCCACUCGAUUUCGAUUCGGAUAGGGCUGAUGCGCUUUUGGACUAUGCAGCUACACAGGGAGAGGUAACGACACGCACUUUGAAUUUUAUGUCUAGUAAGACAUAACUAAGAAUUUCCUGUAAAAGAUAUAGCGGCCGCGGGGCCAUCUUCUUCUUCAUCAAUCAUAUUUUUAAAUAUAAAAGUCUCAUUGUUAUGAUAGGAUUUUUCUGAUCAUGAUCAUCAAAAGUGGGCGAUAAUUACAGAGCGGAUGCGUAAAUCAGCAUUUUCAAAGUCGCACUUAUGAAGGUAGAUUAUUGCUGUCAAUGUCUAUGCUGCCAAUCAAUGGCAAUGUCUUCGCGACAGUUAAAGAUUUUUUUGAAAAGAACUUCUUUGUCUUUCAACUAUGACGAUACAGGCUCCCGAGACGAAUCAACGUGGAAGUGGAGGAAGUAUUGACGAAGUUGAUGAAGAAGGUUUUCUAGUUUUUCCACAAAUGGACACGAGCGCCAUCAUGGGUGACGAUCCUGGAGCAAGUGUAAAAGCUGCAAGUUCAAGUCGAAGGAUCACUGCGAAAGAAAUUUUACGGACAAUAAUCGCGCUCACUAUCAUUAUCAUUUGCUUUGCGACUUGUGUUUGGUUUACCUACUUGAUCUAACAAAUAUCUUCUUCAGCAUUCACAUUUUGGCACCUUCGUGUAAACAGAAAGCUCCAAAUGCGUUUGUCAUUAUCUUGCUUAGCUGUGGAGUUCUGAUGCAAACGAAAAUGAUCAGUAGGUACAACACUCAGUCCUCUACCUCUUUUGCGAAGAUGUUUCUAAGUUAGGACGUGCUCCUGGGAGGACUUCCGCUUGAUGAAGGUGACGACAGCCCCCUGGUGGAUACCGCAUUUGAAGACGCGUCCGACCCUGAGCCGCCAGAAAUGCCACCUUUCGAGAUCGAGCGAAGACCCCGAGAGGCAGAUGAGUACAAGUUAAUGAUCAUGAUCAAUAUCAUGGACGUCCCUCUUCUUCGUCUCUCCACCUACUUCGCACUUGCACUACUACUAGUUCAAGGAGAAUUAAUAUGUUGUAGCUACCUCUUUAAACACAAACUAUAACUAUUUUUUCAGGUCGUCCAGCGAAAAUAGUUGGCCACGGCCUGGUGUUGAGGAGACGACUAUGUUUUCCGAAAAAGAGGACGGCAUCGAAAAUGAAGAGUAAGUAGGUAUCGACAAGUUAAAACAACAAGAGGAGAAAUAUUUAUUGUAUUACUUAUUUGUACAGUCUUCACUCAAGAACAUCUUCAACUUCUUCUUCUACACACUUACUGUAUUAUUUGAAAUUGAAUUUGUACAUAAUAUAUCAACUAAAAAAAAUGUAUCUUAGGCAGAUUGCCGAGUAGGUUCAACACAUCAUCGCAUCAGCUAGAAAAAUGUAUCUUACAAGAAAGCGACCGCGGUGAUCAUCAUCGCUUACGAUGAACUAUCACUAUGGUAUGCUGCAGAGAAAUAGAUAAGGAUUAAUUAUAUUAACAGGCUAUCAUGAUAUAAUUGUACAUCGUAGCUCAUCUGAAUUGGUCUACAUGCAUGUAUCAAAUUUUUCUUCUGAAUCAAUGCAAGAAUCGUGAAUAUCUUGAUGAAUUUCCUCCUCUUGACUUUGAUGCCGAAAAAUGCGUCUUCGUGCUUCUAGUUCUAGCAUAUUUGCUUCGACAUACUAUGAGCCCCUUGAUAACCACCGACGUCACCGGACGCAGCAACCUUCUCAACGUACUAGAAGUAGAACCACUCGUUCGCUUCUGCUAGAAACUAGUUUUCAGCGUGCAAUAUUCUCUGUCCAUGAGGAGUAACGUCAACAUUCACAGCCUUGAUGAUUCCAGUCUCCAUAUCAAAAAUUUGACGUUAAUUUUUGCAAGUUUAUGAUCUCAUCACCAUAUUUACUGCGAGUUCCCGUUCGGACUCGGAGAACAGUCCGUCGCGUUCGUCACCAGUAUUAAUCGUUACGAAGUGAAGUCCUUACCUAUAGUACAGCAACAAACUAUACACACUCACACGACCUAUUCGUUCCUCAAUAUGAUACGAAGUCAGCAUAUCAUCAUCAUGCACAGACGUUCUUAGAAUUCUGACCCUUACUAUGCAUACUUGCAGCUCAAUGCAUUCACCUUCUUUCUUCACACCAUAGCCCGUCUUACAUGAAGACGGUAGAACAGCCACACCAUAGCUCGUCUUGCAUGAAGACGGUGGCACAAUCAAACAUCUACAUCAGACAGAAUCAGAAGGGAGAAUGCACCACAUGACAAUGACUGUCACUGUUCUUUUUAUUUGAUUUGUCCGCUUGUAGCUGAACGCAAAAAUUGAAUGCACGCAUGACGC